AUGCAGACUGCUUCUGCAAACAUAUGCGAGAGACUGUGCAAUAAGUCCAUCUGUGAAAUUUCCUUGCUUCUAAAUAUUCCACGGUCAACUGUUAGUGGUGUUAUAACAAAAUGGAAGCCACUGGGAACAACAGCAACCCAGCCACGAAGUGUUAGGCCACGUGAAUAGACAGAGCGGGUUCAGUGUAUGCUGAAGCACACAGUGCGCAGAAGUUGCCAACUGUCUGCAGAGUCAAUAGCUAAAAACCUCCAAACUUCAUGUGGCCUUCAGAUUAGCUCAACAGUGCAUUGAAAGCUUCAUGGAAUGGGUUUCCAUGGCCGAGCAGCUGAAUCAAAGCCUUACAUCACCAAGGGCAAUGCAACGCGUCAGAUACAGUGGUGUAAAGAACGUCACCACUUGACUCUAG